UCACUUGGUACACUACACUGACGCAGGCGCGCCAGACGUGACCCUACGGCAGCUACAGGACAACCGCAGCCUCAUAUUCACAGAGCAAGAUGGCGGCGCCCAUGUUGGUGGCACGUUUACAUUUGGGAGUUAACCACAGGUUUGUAUCGUGCCUAUGGAGAAGUUUUCAGAACAGUGCUGAGCUUUGUGCAGGACAGGACUGGAGAAUUCGGCAUGGCUUAGCUCGCAGUGAUUCGGAGUACGGACCCUUGACUGACCUUCCAGACUGGAGCUAUUCAGAUGGAAGGCAAGCUCCACUAUACAAAGGACAGCUCAGGAGGAAGGAAGAAAACAAAGCACUGGCUAGCCGCAUUAUGCUUCUCAAUAAUGAGAUAGAUCAAGGCAUGAAAAAUUGGUCAGAGAGGCAAGAAAAAUGCAGAGAGGAGCAGCUGCUGAGACAGAAGCACCAACUGAAGAGCAAGGCAUUAUUUAAAAAAACUGCAAAACCCAAAUAAAUACAGAUUGUAUAUUUGUACUGUGUAUUUUCUACCAUUCCAGGAGAUCACUGUAGGUUUUUCCACUGGUUGUGUGUUUGAGGUAGAUGUCACUGUUUUAGUAAAGGUUUUAGCGCACAAGGUGAUGGCACAAUAAACAAAACCAUAACUAGAAAGAUAAUGUUAAACCUAUUCCCUCCUGGAGGGUACCUCAGUAAUCUACACUUGCCGAGGUUUAUGAGGACCUGGAAAAGUCUGAGUGUUUCAAUCUUGUAAAUGUCACAUCAAAAAUACAACCACCUGCAACAUUUCAUUAAAUGUUUCAUUAAAUUAAACAUUUCAGUUCUUCUCCUAA